AGUCACCCGUGAAUCAGCCGCGCCGCCGAGCGCCAAGCCGCCCUUCGGCCACAGGCGGGUCCAGGUGCUGCGGGGACCCAGGCGCCCGGCCUCCAGACCCUCGGGCCACCCAGAGCAAGGACGCCUGGCCCGCCUACCUCACGGGGCCCUUAGCACCAGCCGCCUUGUGCAAAGGUGGGGCAAAGGCAGGUGACGGCCAUCGAUGUGAACGGCCCACGGCCACAGGUCUGAAGCUCAGUUGGCCCAGGCACCACCGCGUCCACCUCGGGACAGGGACUGAGGAAGAGUAGCCUCAAAUCUGGCAGUUUGCCUCUGGGAGAUUUCCAGCCUGACAUCUGCAGCCCUGUGGUUCCAGGAAGGAUGGUUCUCACACUAAAGAAGACGUCUGUGGGAUUGAGUGGACUCCACAUAGCAGAGCCUGGAUGCUGCCAACAGCCCCCAGAUUCUCAUCCUCUUGGCUUCCUCACACCAGUGUCCAGCCAUCAGUGCCAGGGAAGGAGUCCAGUUGUCACUGCCUGGGGCACAUGCCCACUCCUUGAGCCAAUCCUCUUGUCAGGGCAACACCAGGCCUGGGUCACCUGUCCACUCCUGGGGUGGGUCUGCUACUGGAGGAAGCAGUUUGGUAAAGUAGUGGGCAGAGAGAAAGAUGUUUCCUGCCUUGUGAAGCUGACCCUCUCUGAAAUUCCUGGCUUCAAAAUAUGGGGAAUUUCCAAAAGAAAGUCAAGCCAAAACCUGGCCUUGGUUAAUAAUAAAGGACUCUUUCUUUUGCUUUUGACAGGAAAUGACCUGGGGCUCUCCAGCAGCCUACAACAUGACCUAACUCAAAAUGACGAACUCAUCCGGGAAUUCAACUACAAAUAUCGAGAGGGUGAAGUUAGCACAAGGGACAAACUCAAAAGACAGCACCUUCAGAAGCAGAUGAAGCUGGACCCAUGCCAGGUCCGUGUUCAUGGCACCCAAAGUUACAGGCAGGUAAUUUACCCUAAGUAA